AUUUGCGAGAAAACCUCAUUUACCCGUGUCUUUUCAUUGAGAACUUGGAGACAUCAUGAACCGACAUGGAGGCAUGGAGAAACAUCUGGGUAUCGGUGGUGGACAGUGGCCCGCGAUUUCGAAGGCAUCGCAGGAAGCCUUGAAUAAAGGAGAGCAGCUUGCACUCAGACGUCGCCCAAACGAGGCUGCCCCUUACCUUUUCAAGGCUAUGGAAGAUCCCAACAACGUCGAUGCAGCCAUCCAGCUCGCAUUUCUAUGCCCAACAUUCAAGGAUAGCAUUGAGAUCCUAGAAGUCAGCGAGAAGAAAGCAAAAGCCAUCCUCAAACGUAUUCUUGGACAAACAGUGUUCGAAGACGAUCGGGUCGGAAAGUUUUGGGAUAUCAUCGCGACGCGCCCGUACAUGCGCGUUCUUCAGGCUCAAGUCCGUUUCUACUUCGAGGACAAGCAAUAUAAUUCUGCAGCAAAGACCAUCAUUGAGAUGCUUCGUCUUUGUCCGGGCGACAACAUGGGCCAGCGCGACUGGCUAGCACCCAUCCUUUGCCAAGCAGGUCGCUAUUCCGAUGCCCUCUACUUCGCCCAGCAAUGGCUGCAGAAUCAGCUUGGAGAUGGCAGACCGCCGCACCUCGGUGGUUGUGACUUCAAAAAGCCUUUCUCUGAACCAAUGCCGGAUGCUCUAGAGCAAGAAAUGUCCGAGUUCUCUGUGGACUAUAUGAUCUAUACUGCGGCGUUAGCAGCGUUCAAGCUCUACGGAGAUAGUCCAUUGUCACGCCAGUACCUGCGGAUGUGUGCGAAGUUGAACCCAGUGAUCCUUUCGAGGGUUUUGGCUAAGAACGAGAGGCCGAAGGAACCGAAUAAUGAGCCCCGAGGCCUGAACGGCCCACAGUCCGCCCACGAUUACCUCUUCCUCGCGCAAACGCUCUGGAUGGAGGAUGAUGUUUACAAUUGGGCUCUCAAUAACGAGGAUGCCGUCAAGAUUAUCCUUCGCGAAUGCUGUAUGCCCGGAUGCAAGAAGUCGGAAACCAAGCCGAACGAAUUCAAACGAUGUGCGGAUUGCAAAAAGACAUGGUAUUGUAGCAAAGAAUGCCAGAAGAAACAUUGGCCCGAUCAUCGAAAAGCAUGCAAGCAGCACAAACAGACGCAGAAGAUGAUGAAGGCCCUCAUGAAUGGCAAAAAUUUCACGCCUGACCCUGACGUUCCUACGAUGCCCAUUUACCGUGCUGAUUUUGGCGGCGGCAUGGUCGUGACGGAGGAGCUCGCGUAGGGGAAGGUUCAAAACAUCUAUGGAGGGCGUCUAGACAUCCGACUCUGCUAGUUCAUUUCUCGUCCUCGCUGCUUACUGUACAUACGCCACCCAUGCUGGGUAUUUCGGUCAAAUUAUGUAAUGCCAUGCUACCCUCGAACACCUGUUCUCUCAUAGGAUUUUACACGGGGAUAUAAUUGUAAUUUGGAAUGCGUCCGGCCUGCACGUCGGCCGGGAUGUUCUGGAGAUACAUGGGUGCAAACGGGAUAUCGCCCGCCGUAUCUUCAAAGAGUCCACGUAGACAAUGCGGUGUGAAUCAGUCUUCAUCCUCGGACAUGUCCAUGUCACUCUCCACGUCCAUCCCUUCGACAGGUUCGGUCGGAUGAUAGGGGCGGUCUAGCGAACGCAAGUGGGACGGUCGUGAUGGUGAAAGACAUGGUAGCGGCGGAGAGGGGGAGUACGUAGGUGGAGAAGGCGGUGGAAUGGACGAAGGUGGAGGUGGAGGCGGCGGCGGCCAUGGUGGUCCAUCCGAAGGCGGCAGCGGUGGCGGAGUCCCAGGGGGCGGCGGAGGUGGUGAUGGCGGGACUAAAGUAUACUCCAGCCCUUGAAACGUGUCCGUACCAUCGAAGACAAAGGCUCCCGGUCUUCGCCACGGUGGUAUGGAGGUGUGCUGCGGGAAGCCAUUGGAUUGGGCAUUCUGAGGUCGAGGAGGAAGGGAUGGGUGUGCUUCGGCGGUAAGGCGGCGCCACAAUUCGUCUCGGUCCUCGGUAUACGUGCGGGAACGAGGAUGGGAGGAAGAUUGGAUGGGAGGAAGUGCGAGGCCAUCGUAGAGCGGAAGAAGAUCGCCAGAGAAAUAUGUGUUGGGAUAUUUUGCCCAGCGACGAAGUCCAAUUUGGUCGGGUGGAGAAGAGGGCAAUGGUGUACCAGAUGUCGACCGUGCCCACGUGCGAGAGGAUAGCGUCGAGGAAGUGUCGGAUUCGGAUUCGGACAUCGUCGAAGAACAUGCCGAGGACUCGUUCACAUCAUCCUCACUCUCCGUCUCGGUUUCUUCUCCAUCUUCGGUGUCACUAUCACGGAGACGCGAGUCCGUGGCCGUAUAUUGGGUCAAGUCCAGCCUCUCGUGCUCAUCGCCUCCAAAGAUCAAGAAGUCUCCAUAGUCUUCGUCUAUAUCCACAUCCUCUCCAAACUUCUCCUCCGCACGACGCCGAAUGAAUAUCCUCGGGUCGACCUCUGCUGCCCAUCCUCUUGGGUAUCCCCACUUCGCCAUGUUCUCAAGCCAAGGCACACGCUCACCAACAUCUCCUUCCUUGAGCCCUAAAGCGUCUCGUAACGUUUCACCCUUAAUCACCCCCGGUACGAACUCAUCCAGAUAUUGAAGGUGAGACCGUUUCCACUCCGCUGCAGCGGCCAGCGUGAGACUAGGGUCAUAGCCACGGCCUGCUCGCAAGAACUCGAAUAUCUGACGCGAAAGGGAAAUAAGGGCAUGGUCGCGAGUUUCUGGGCAAGCUGGGACGGAGUGAGAGGGAGAACCGCAGUUGAAGCAGCGAUUGGUAAUUUUGGGCAGAGAUGAGGUGUCUAGAGAUUCAGAGCCAAGGGCAUCGUCGAGGAUGUAUUCGUAGGAAAGGUCCGAGUGCGAAGUGGAAGCGUACGCAUGCAGAUGCAUAUCUUGCUGGAAAUUGUGGGCGACAUAUCCAAGAGUAGAGCUGCCACCAACGGCACCACUAUCAUAACCUGCGCCCGGCGCACCUUCAUACAUGACUCCGCCUAUUACUUCCCUGGCGCCUUGGUGUUCGACUGGUUCUCCGAGACCUGACUCUCCUCCCGUUCGGCUUGACUCUUCUCCCACUCGUCCAGCGCCGAGGUCACGUUGCUCGCGUCCCACCUUCCUUUCACGACUUCUUUCCCGUCGAUAUGUAAUGCCGGAAUCCACCAAACAUACUUCUUCUUCCAGCGUUCCUGUCCUGGGUCUUGAAUGUUGACUACGUCGAGCGUGAAUGGCCGCGUUUGCCUCACUUUGGCGAGCUCGGCUUUCGCGACGUCACAAAGAGAGCAGUUAGGUCCUGAGUAGAGUGUAAGACGAGCAAGGCGAGCAAGUGCUGC